AUGCCUGUCGCAGUUCCGUGGAAGCGGUAUGAGCCGCCGCUCGAGAACGAGCGCUUAGAGCUCGACGAGGAUCAGAUCACCUUCUUCAAGACCCUGACAGGCAUCUACGACGACCAGGCGCUGAGGCGGCACCUGUUCAUAAUCCAACGCAGGGCUUACGAUGCGCGUUCCGUAUACCCGCACGGAUGCCUCCGUCGGCUGGAGUUCACCAGCCUCCAGAUUGCGCGCCAUCCGAUAUAUCCUGACGUUCAAGCCCUACUGAGGCAACGGCCUGACGCCAUCCUCCUGGACAUGGGAGCGUGUCUCGGCAGCGACCUGCGCAAGGUAGUGUUUGACGGAUGGCCCAUGCAGAACGUCGUCGCCACCGAUGUACGCCCCGCUUUCUGGAUGGUCGGCCACGAGCUGUUCAAUUCCACUCCGGAUACCUGGCCCGUCCCGCGCAUCGUCGGAGACGUCCUCAACCAGAACUUCCUCUCCCCUGCCCCGCCCUUCUACUCUCCGCCCGGCACCCCUCGUCCGGACCUGCGCACCCUCCAUAACCUGAACAUGCUCCGCGGACACGUCUCGGUCAUCCACGCCUCCAACUUUUUUCACCUCUUCGACGAGCCGCGCCAGAAGAUGAUCGGCCAGGGGCUCGCCGCGCUCCUGACGCCCGGACCCGGCGGGAUCAUCUACGGCUCGCAGGGCGGCCGCUUCGAGAAGGGGUUCAGGAUGGAAGUCGAGAAUGCCGCGGGGACGUACAUGUUCUGCCACGACCCGGAAACCUGGGUGAAGCUCUGGGACGGGGAGAUCUUCCCGAAGGGGACCGUCGAGGUCAAGGCCGAGCUCGUAUACCCCGAGAAGCCGGACUCGCUCGGAUUCAAGUUUGCCAAACUCAUCUGGUCGGUGAAGAGGCUGCAGUGA